AUGGUCAUCUCCUGUGGAUGGGGAUUCGCCUCUUUCUCUGCACCCCCAUGCCCGAUCCCUCGUCGUGAGCUCCCGCACGCUGAUCCUCGAGGUUCAACUCCGGCGGCCCACUGUGCGCGAUCAAAACGAAAGGCGAUGGAAACCGAGGAUGCGGUGCAGAUUCAGAACGCCAUGUACGUCCGUCCGUCUUCCGAGUCCAUCACAGCGUUUUCGUUCCCGCUCCGCACGGCUGACCCGGAUUGGUUCAGAUCCACCGCCCGCGUCUUGGUCGUGAUCCCGUAUACCGUCCUCGUGUACGACUAUUUCCUGACCAUCCAGCUCGAGGUGUCGGGUUUCUGGACGACGUCUUUCACGUGGGGCUCUUUCUUCUUCUAUCUCAAUCGCUACUCGUCACUGCUCGGCACAAUCCCGGUGGUGGUGCAGUUCUGGUUGACGACGACGGAUCCGGGCAAGAUUCCAGUGCCUGAUGAUUCAUUCCGAGAAAUCAAGCACACGAGACUGAUGCCGGUGCUUAGGUGUCAUUCGCUGAGGAUGUAUCACCAGUACUUUGCGCUCAUAUCGCAGGUCCUUGUCGCCUGCAUACUGAUCAUGCGCACCUAUGCGCUGUACUCGAAAAACAAACUCGUUCUCGGGGUCAUGAUAACCAUCACGCUCUCGGCAUUUGCCUCCGCUAUGACGCUUUUGCUGACCGGGAACAACGAAAGCACCCUCUCGCCCGAGCUGCAGGUUUAUGGAUGCCCGUUUGCAACCGCGCAUGCCAAGUAUGUGCCAAGUUUGGUCUCCUCGUGGCUGAUUCGGCUCGCUGACAGCUCCCGCCAGGAGCAUACGAUUCACUCAGGCUUAGCAGAAGCAUGGGCCGGGAUGCUCGUGUUCGAUUCGAUGAUAUUCGUUCUCACGCUAUAUAAGGCACUCAGUAUCGAGACACGACGAGGCGAUCUUUUGACUGUUUUGGUGCGCGACGGUACUAUCUAUUUUGGGCUGAUACUAGUCGCGAAUGCGAUCAAUAUCGGAACAUACACUGUUGAGUUUUCCAUGAUCGGCAUCUGUAUUAGAUGUCCUGAUUCUCUCUGCACAGAUGGGCAGCCCCUUCAUUCGCGGGAGCGCCACAAACGUGACGAGCAUAACGUCCUCCGUGAUCACCCAUAGUGCUAGGAUUUAGUCAAAUCUAUGGCUGUAGCCAUAAAAAUUGCAUUCAAAUUUAUGGCUGUAGCCAUAGCAUGGAUACAGUCAUAGCUUUGACUAAUACUGCUAUGGCUACAGCCAUAGCGUGGCAGGCCUUUGGUCCUGUUGCUUUUCUCGGCAUCACCAUGGCAUGUGCAAGAUCAUCAUUGCCA